UGGUUUUGUUGUGAGAUGAUUAAUAUCUUGUUUUUUUCCCCCUUGGGUGUAGUUACCCUCCUUGUGUUGGAAUUUUCUUUCUAGAAUCCUCUAUAGUGCUGGAUUAGUAGAAAGAUUUUAUUUGAAUUUGGUUUUGUCAUGAAAUAUUUUGGUUUCCAUAUACGGUGAUUGAGAAUUUUGCUGGGUAUAGUAGCCUGAGCUCACAUUUAUGUUCUCUUAGGGUCUAGAUGACCUCUGUCCAGGAUCUUCUGGUUUUUAGUGUCUUUGUUGAGAAGUCUGGUGUAAUUCUGAUAGGCCUACCUUCAUACGUUACUUGGCCUUUUCCCCUUAUAGCUUUUAACAUCCUUUUCUUUUUCUGUGAAUUUAGUAUUUUGAUUUUUGUGUAAUAGGAGCAUUUUCUUCUCUGUUCCAAUCUAUUUGGUGUUCCCUGGGCUUCUUGUACAUUUAUGACAAUCUCUUUCUUAAGGUUAGGGAAGUUUUUUUCUAUGAUUUUGUUGAAUAUAUUUUCUGGCCCUUUGAGCUGGGAAUCUUUACACUCUUCUAUUCCCAUUAUUCUUUGUUUUGACCUUUUCAUUUUGUCCUGAAUUUCCUGGAUGGUUUGAGUUUGGAGCUUUUCACACUUUGUAUUUCUUUGACUGAUAUAUCUUCUAUGAUAUCUUCUACACCUGAGAUUCUCUCUUCUGUCUCUUGUAUUCUGUUGGUAAGGCUUACAUCUAUAGCUCCUGAUCUCUUUCUUAAGUUGUCCGUCUGCAGGGUUGGCUCCAUGUGUAAUUUCUUUAUUGCUUCUAUUUCUGCUUUUAGGUCUUGAACUGUUUUGUUCAAUUCCUUUACCUGUUUGGUUGUGUAUUUCUUUAAAGGAUUUAUUUGGUUCCUCUUUAAGGGAUUCUACCUGUUUGCCUGUGUUUUCCUGUAUGUCUUUAAGGGAGUUAUUCAUAUUCUCCUUAAAGGCCUCUUUAUCAUCUUUGUGAGAUGAGAUUUUAGGUAGAAUCUUGCUUUCCAGUUGAGUUAGGGUAUCCAGGGAUUGCUGUGAUAGGAGAAUUGGGUUCUGAUGAUACCAAGUUACAUUGGCUUCUGUUGCUUAUGUUCUUGUGAUUGCCUCUCACCAUUUGGUUAUUUUUGGUGUUAACCAGCCUGGUUGUCUUUGAAUGGAGCUUGCCCUCUUGGAGGCAGGCAGCGCUGCCUCUGAUAGGAGGGGCCUCCUAUGUCCCAAAUUAGGACAAAACUCCUGGGAGACAGUCAGACUUUGGGUUCUAGGGGCAGGAUCUGCUCCAGUUGCAGAUGGAGGUGCAGAUCAGGACUGCAUCUGACCUCCUGGGAGACAGGCAGGCUGUGGGGUAUAGGAAGGUAUUGGCCCUCCCAUCUGUCUGUGGUAGAGGAGCAGACCAGAAGGAAAAUUGAACUGUUGGUAGGGAGUGGUGUAGGUUCAGCUUCAGCUGGGCUCUGUGGGUGUCACAGAAGGUGUGGGUAUUUGGGCAGGAGUGACACCUAUGUCCCUGGUUAGUGCAGACCUCCUGAGAGUCAGGCAGGAUGUGGGGUGUAGGAGGAUGUUGGGCUUACCCAUCUGCCUGGGUGGAGCAAACAGGAAGCCAAGCUACAGCUCUUUCCAUAUUCCUGUAUUAAACAACAUGUAUGUAUGUCAGAUGACAGUGCUAACUGAAAUUAGAAGCCAACACAAUUUAUCAUCUCCUCUGUAGUUGGAAGGCCUGUUAAAUGUAUGAUGCUGUCUUACCUAGAUUUGUAUUUAUAAUUCAAGGAGAAGCAAGGUUAUGUGGAUCUGCUCAUGGUGCAAUUCAAGGGCUACAAGAUUCUGACUGUGUGGUUGGUCUUUGUGGUUUUGGUAAGUACGUUCCCUGCCUCUCAUUGGCUUGCUUACUGUUUCUCCCAUGUGUGAACGUGGAUUGGUUACAUGCUUUAACCUUGGAGAAUGGACUUGGGGAAGCUCUCAUUCUUCCUACUUCCACUGCUGAGGUAGAAGGCAUCAACUGCAGGAAUUGAUCAUUCUACAAGGAGUAUGGAUCUCAGCACCAACGGCUGAAACGUUUCCUAUUAGCACAUUCCUCUAUUUGACAGCAUGUCAGAAGAUGGUGCUAAUGGGAAUGAGAAGCCAAACAUAACAAAUCCGCUCCUCUGUAAUGGAAGGACCUGUUAAACUUAUGACACUGUACGAGCUACCUGGAUUCAUAUUUAUAAUUUGACAAGAGUCUAGGCUGUGGAUCCAUUCAUGGGGCAAUUCAAGAGCUACAAGAUUCUGACUGUGGGGUUGGUCGUUCUGGUUUUGGUGUUCUGCUUCAUGAUGCCUUGGCCUGAGCUCAUGUUACAAUGGCUCCCACGAUCCCAUCCUACUACUGAAUAUGUCUCAGAGUCUAUCAACUGGGACUCUCUUCCUCAAGAACUCCCUAACCUGACCAACCUUCUAUACUGGCCCCUAACUGGUGGACACAGGGAUCACUUUUUGGAUUCUACCAGCCCCAGAACCUCCACCUACCACUUGAAGGGUCCUGCCCAGGCCAACUAUACUCUGGGAAGUAACCUAGAGGCCAUCCUGGUGGCUAGGGAUCACUGGGGUAGGCCCAAGGCUCACGGAGGAGAUCUCUUUCGGGCACAGCUGCUGGGCCCAGAAUUGAGAGCAGGAGUCCCAGGGGAGGUGAAGGAUCUGGAGAAUGGCACUUACCUCUUGUCCUUCCCCCUGCUCUGGGCUGGCUGGGCCCGGGUGCAAGUGCGGCUGAUCCACUCCAGCGAGGCAGUUGGGGUCCUGCAAAGAGUCUGGAGAGGAAAACGAGCCACUGUUGAUUUCAGAGGGUAUUUCCAAGGAACAGAUGGCUCUCAAGAGACUGUCAUCUGUAACGUGGACCCCCAGUCAACUGGAGCCAAAGGGCCUACCUGCCAGUACAAGGAUGUGGUUUCUGAGGAGAUCUGGUUCUGUGCUCAACCCCCUACUUUGCCCUGCAGUGCUCUAGUGGGUCACUCAAGUGGAAGUUAUCUGAAGGUGACCACGUCACAUGAUGAAGCGCUGCUGGCUGGGAAUGUGACUGACCAGAAACUCCCUUCAGGCAUACCUCCAAUCCUGGUCCUACCAGCAGCCGGGGGGAUCAUGAGUAACUUGGUUACAGGCCAGAAGCUGACACAACUGGUUGUUUCAGUGCUGAGACUUGAACCUAGAGAAUCAAAUAUAACAGCCUUGCCCUCAAGGCCCCCAUGCCGCCCUGGUCACCUGUCCCCAAAACCCUCUGGCUUCUACCACCAAGACAGAUGGCACUCAACAUUCUGUUCUAGCCGCUCUUUCCCCACUGUGGACAGCAUCCUGAACUGCCUGGCUGGCCGCAUUGUCUACAUGAUGGGGGAUUCCACACUUCGGCAGUGGUGGGAGUAUCUGCGAGACACAGUGCCCUCCCUGAAGCCAGUUGAUCUACAUGUCACUUAUCAGGUAGGUCCCCUGAUGGCCGUGGAGACAACUCAGGGGACAGUGCUGCACUGGAGGGCCCACAGCUGGCCCCUGCGUUCUCACCGCACCCCAGUGUCCUCCCUGCACUCUGUGGCCAGAGAACUACACGGCCUGGUUGGGGGACCCUACACGGUGGUGGUGCUGGGCAUAGGAGCCCACUUUACCACAUUCCCUCCCUUCAUCUUUGCCCGAAGGCUGGCAGGGAUCCGGGCAGCUGUGAAGGCCCUGCUGGACCGGGAACCCAGAACUCUGGUUGUCAUCAAACUGGCCAAUACUGGCUACAAAUCUGUGUAUGGCAGUGACUGGCUCACACUGCAGGUGAACCGCUUGCUCCGCGCUGCCUUCGCUGGUCUCCGAGUGGCCUUUGUGGAUGCGUGGGAAAUGACCUCCAGCCUGGAUGUGCCAGACAACAUCCACCCAAGGGAGCUUAUUGUCCGCAACGAAGUGGAAUUAUUUCUGUCCUUCGUCUGUCCCACCUGAGUGCUCCUGAGGGAUCUGAGGCUGAAUGGAUGGAUGGAGAGCCUGGGUGUGGUCACCAAAAAAAAAAAAAAUGGACUCCUAAUGACCGAAAACUGAAGCUACCCCUGGCUGCCCAACUAUGACACUUUGGUUCCAUCCUUUAUACAUCUCUCUAUGCACCACAUGCAAAAAUCUAGUUUUAUACAAGGGAGGCCAUGUUUUGCAUAGUUUUCUCUUUUUGAAUGUAAGGGGUUGUGUGAAGUAUAUGUACACAUAUAUGUACAGAUGCUCUCCAUGUGUGCACACAGAGGCCAGAGGACAGCUUAGGUUUUCUGUUAUAUCAAGGAAAUCCUGUUUAACAUGACUCAGUAGCUGGUUUUACUUUAAUAUUGUGGAGUCUGUCACUAGGCAGAUUAUUUUAGGCAUUUUUAAGUCCAGUAUAAUUUGGGACACAGGGAAGGGGUGGAUUUUCCUAGUGUAACAGAUUCCCAUGUGUACAAGGAGGCAUAAUACAUCUUAGAGACCUUCCUUUGUAUUCCAAUAACUAUUCCUGGGAUAGAAAAUAAAAGAACCAUUGUGACUGCAAAUAUUACCGGGCCCAGUAAGUGCAAGGAUUCAUCACAAUUUAGGGAAGAGUUCUUUAAUUUUAUUGACCAAGUGCAAAGAUUUACUGUUAAAAUGAGUGUAAUGUGGCCUAUCCUGCAUAAGACUUUAUACCAUGCAGGAUGGGCAGUAUGAAUAGCGCACCCACAAAAAGGUCCAUCCCAAAGGCUGAUGUUUAUGAAAGGGAAGGGUAUGGUUAGAGAAGGGAUUUCUAUAAGAAGAGGUUCAUCAAAGCAUAAACCAUGUGAUAGAAAAACACCAUUGAGAGAAAUAUCAGGGAAGCCCUGUGGAUACAAGUGUGGUUCUUAGUGCACAUGCUCAUGAGUAACCAAAGUGCCCAAGAGGAAGGAGAUGGCUGUCCUGUGACACAAAAAGACUGUUCUUGCUACUGUCAUGUGACCAAUGAAGCCGUAAGUUAUCAUCUAAACCAUCAGCAGCAGAUAUCACUAUUCUAGGUACAAUAAUGUCAACUUCAGUAAGAAAUACUUCAGAUAAACUCUUUCCAUCUUCAUACAAGUAAAAUAUCUACGAUCAGAGCUUUCUAAAGAAUACUUCAUGAUGCUUAAAUCUGGAUUAUUGCUUUUCUACUGAUCUUGUACGGUCCAAACCGUCUUAACUUACCAGACCCCCUGAGUGAACCACGCAGAGAUGGAAUCGAUGCAAAACGCAUGAGGAAUUUUUAUUAAAACCAGCAUGUUGGGGCUGCUCUGCACAUGAACAGAGAACGACCCUGCGUCUUGUGCUGCGCGGGCUUUAUACCCUCCUCAGGACCACCACCAUUAAGCACAGUGUGAUUGACAGAACAGUGCUAUAUUCAAACUAAUUGGUUGUUAGGUGAUGAGGUAGGUGGGCAACAGUCAGUCCUUCGGAAUGAGUCCCCAUCUUUAGGUCGGCCUCCCUCCCCCUUGUGGUCUGAGGAAUGCAACCCAGCCUCUGACCUUUUUAAGGUUCCUGAGUUAACUCUUUCAUUCCCCCCUUUUCUUUGUGCAUGCUUCAGUCCUGAAGCAAUUGCUGGUAUUCUGAUCUCUAAUAAGACCAGAGUGGAAGUCCUGGUGGCGGCCCCAGACAUCUCUAACCCCAUCAGUGAGUGCCAUAACAGGUUUGGUGAAUGGACACAUGGUAGGGGAAGGAACCAGAAUCCAAGGGUACCACCAGGCAGUUAUGAUCAAGGUCAAGCAAUCUUGAGGUUGAGCAGAUUGUCUAUCUUUUGUACCAUCCAGUGGGGGGUCUGGAGAGUGGGCAUCUGCAGGUUUCACAUGAGAACCAUACACCCAGGUCACAGUACUGUCCACCUUGAGGCCUGUGGGAGUGGCUAGCAGCGCCAGGAAGGGUUUAUUUCAUUAGGGUUCCAGUGACUGUUCUUGAAGCCUUCUUACACAGUUCCAGUCACCAGUCUGGAAGUAGUGAGGAGUCCCUGGCAUGCCUGGAUCAUUUAAGGCAGACAGUUUGAGCCAAAUCUCAGGUUGUGGGACACCUCCUGGGAGGGCCCAGUGGACACCAAAGGAGUUGGAGUAUCAAAGAGGGUCUCAAGGGGUGGGGGUGAGGUUAAAAUGGCAGGGGCUGUUCAGAAACAAGGGGAGAGCCACCACACAGCCUGAGCCAGUCUCCAAGGUCAAUUUAGUUAAGGUCGUUCAUAGGGCUUUGUUUAUUUUCUCUAUCUGUUUUGAGCUCUAGGGACAGUACGUCCAAUAAUGUUUCCAAUUAGUCCCCAACAUCUCUGUCAGUUUUUGACUUACCUUAGAAACAAAAUCAGGACCAUCAUCUGAUCCAAUUACCUUGGGUACUCUGAAACUCGGGAAAAUUUCUUCUAAUCACGGCAGCUGUUUCCUGUUUGCUGGGGAAAGUCUCAACCCAUCUAGAGAAAGUACCUACAAACACUAGAAGGUAUUUGUAAUCAUAUUCUCCUACCUUAGCUUUUAUAAAAUCUCUCAAUACACUCUAGGCUGUUCUCCUUUGGGUCUUUUGCCCUGUUUACUCUUUGCUGCGUAAGCAUUCACUUGCUGGCACACCUUACACUGUUUUAUCAUCUCUCUGGCCCCAAACCUGAGUCAUAAACUUUAGCUCGCUUAUCUGCCUGAACAAGGUUUUUAAUCUCCUAAAUGAGUCCAUCUGUACAUUUGGCCUAGUGAGUCUUUGGCUUACUCUCUGGGGAGUAUAGUUCUCCCUUCUUGUGUGCACCUUCUCUUGGGAAUAGUUGGUAGGGUGGCUAGCAAUCUCAGUCCUUUUUCUUCAGCAUAUUUCAAGUGAGGCUAUCUCUUAUUUUAGUCCCAUUUCCCAGUGGGUGUCUCUUGCAGACCCAUAACCAGUAUAGGCUCCUGCAUAUCCACUCCUGGAUCCACUUGCUCUGCCUGGUUAUUGCCCACUGAGUCUUUUCCCUUCUGACGUCCUGGGCAGUGAAUAAUAUAGUUGCUGGCUUCAUUAGGACAUCUAAGACGUUCAAUAUAUCCCUGUGGACGUGGGCUGGGGCAAAGGCAUACCUGCUAUCCGUGUGGAUGUUAAUUUUCUUGUUGGCUCCAAGUCUUGGUGAGGGCAAUUAGCUUUACUUUCUGCGUUGACGUGCCAGGGGGUAAAGAUUCCUCUACCCAGAUGACAUGUGUGCUGUCCACCAUAGCAGCACCUGCUUAUCUCUGUCCAUCAUGGAGAAAACUGUUCCUGUCUGUAGUGACUUUCAGCAGGGGUCAGUCUCUCUUUUUGGGCCAGUUAGCUGCAGCCCAUUGGGCAGGAAGUGUAUCUGGUCCCCCAUUUUGGAGAGUAUGUCUUGCUCCAACAGAGGGUAGGGACCGUCUGGGGUGACCCUAAGUGAAUGAGCUACCCAGCCCAUCCCUGGGUCCACUGUUCUUCGGGUAGUCCAUGAAUAUGUUUUUGGUGCCAAUAGCUUCUUGGACCCAAGAUCUUUUCUUGGAAACAGGGCCAUUGGCUUGGAGGACGGAGAGUUGAGCCCCUGUGUCCUCCAAGAACUGAGUGGGGUUUUCUUCCACUCUCAGAGUUAUCCUGGGUUGGGGGAGGUGAUAAGAACCCCAUCUCCCCAUCUCACUGUCUUCACUCAGGACUAACACCUUUGCCAUUUGGGGACACUUUUCCCAAGGCCUGGGAAUUCCUGUUCCCAGCUUCUAUUUGUUAGAGCACACUCUAGCUCAGUGGCCUCGCUCCUUGCAGUAUGCACACUGGUCCUUUUCUGUCUCUCUUCCCUGCUUUUUCUAAGAAUUAUAUCCAGGAUUCUCUGUAGCUUCCUUCUCUGUCAUUUUCUUCUUUCUUUUUUCUCUGUUUCUUCUCCUUUCCUGUCUGUCUGUCUCAACAACCGGCGCUAAAUCCCUCUACAGACUUUCUCAACAACCUGCACUAAAUCCCUCUAGCCUCUGAAGCUUUUUUUUUCUGGUAUCUCUACUAGCCUGGUCUAUAAAAGUCAUUGUCACAGUAGCUUUAUAUUCCUUGCCCCUAGGGUCAUAGGGUGUAUAUUGGCAGAAUGCCUCUAUGAGCUGCUCUAGAAAGGCUGCAGGUGACUCAUCUGGUCCCUGUUUAACCUCACAUACCUUGGUCCAGUUUGUGGGCUGCCAUGCCCUUGAGUCCUGCCAAUGGAGUCUGGUGGUAGACCUUCACGUGCCCCUUACCUUUUGUCAUACUAAAGUCGCAGUCAGGUCUAGUCAGGGAAUGCCCUCUAUUCACAACAGUCUAGUCAAUCAAUGGCACCCCUGAGUCUGAGGAGGUAUUCUUUUUGGCUUCCUGUAUUACAAAUAAAACUGUGUCAAAGAGAUUAAUCAGUCUCUUGGGAAAUAUGCCCUCACUGAGAGAGCCACCGUGGUUUCCGAGAAGGUGGUCUCAGGUCUCCUCUUGCUCUGCUCAUGUGGUCCUCUCUAAAUAUAAAUUGAGCAUAACUAUUACCAUUUUGUAAAUUAUAAACUAUAAGAUAGACUUAUCACCCAGUCUAUCAGCUCUGUUAAUAAAACAGAACCUUUGCCAUCUGUACUAUCUUAAAAGACUGUAAGAAUUAACACCUGACUCAUGUCUUGGCUAUAAAUUUUAUGUCAUCUGAAAACCAUCUAUUUAAAUAUAUAUCAGCUUUCUCAAAAUUAAACAGCUUGGGCUGCCUAUGAGACUAACAGUCUUCAACCCCAUCAGAAUCCUAGGGUGAACAAUAUUAACUGAAAAUAUAUAAGAAGCUUAACAUAGCGUCUAAGACUUAGCCAAACAAUAGAGACUGCUGAACACCUGGACAGUUUAUACUUCAAAAUGUUGGGGCAUUGGUCUUCAGCCUUCUGGCACAAGAACAUCUGACAAACUUAAAGAAUCAGGAAUUAUUAAGGACUAGCCAUUCUGUCUUGGCAGAAGUCAAGCUGUCCAACCAGUAAAAGCAUCCUUUUUCUGGACAGAGUUUGUCUGUAGAUGAAGAGAGGCAAUCUUUGCAUUGUGGCUGUCUCACCACAACAGAGGCAGUUCUAUAUAUGCUCAGUUUCUUCUUUAAAUCCAAGAAAUGGAAGCUGUCAGGAGCAGAGCAGUCUCUAUAACAUGUGAAAUAAAUAACAUUAAAUGUCACAUUCUGUGGAUUUCUGACAUUUUUGAAAACCAAAUAUCUAUGCAAAGUAAUGUGGACUGUUGUCUGUUAACUAUCUUCAGCUAUUUCUGAUUAAAACCUAGAAAACACCCUAACAAUAAA